UCCGCUGAAUCGAAGCGCGCCGCCACCCAAUCCAUUUCGGGAAGUGGAGCCCACUUAACGGCUUUUCAUGAACAGGCCGUCGGCAGCCACCGGAUUUUCGCGCCGCCUACUUCCAAAUCCCAGCGCCCAUCAUCAUGCCUUGGACUAAUUUACUUUAUUGACCUUUCUUUUUAAUUUUAUUUUUGGUGGAACACCUGUUCGUUUCUUCAAUCCCGUGCCAAAAGGUUAGUUAAUAAUUAUCAAGAGAUCACGCUUCUCCCAUUCCAAUUUUUGCACAGAUGCACGCCACAAAUACGUGAGAAGGCCAUAUUGCUUAAAAAGAGAGAAAUUGUUGCUAAAGACAGUUUUUUUCUGCUGAUCUGUAGCAAAGAUAUUCGCCGGAUAAUAUAUCAGAGUAGAAUAUGACUAUGUAUGGGCAGGAUCAUGAUGUGAGGUGGGACGGUCCUCGCCUUAUAGAUGUUUGCUCUCUUUCAAAUGGUUAUCCAGAAACCGUUACAUGUUAUGCGAAGGAUAUGUCUUGGACCGAGUCUGUGAUGGAAGGUUUAUGUAAUCCAGCACCCUCUUUCGAGGGAAAUGGUGAACUUAUUGCGCACGCGCCUCAGGAGGACUUCUCAGGUUAUCCUGCUGGAUAUCCAUCAGAGUUUUCGUCUACUGCAGAUCACCAUCAUGGAGAGUCUAGUGCUGCUCUCGAUUGGCCCGGUAGUUCAGAAUGGCACUCGGGCUCUGGGAUUGAGACGGGAGAGUUAUCACAUGAGGAUGUUAACCAUGGUUUCAUGCCUGAGAUGGAAGAUGAACCAGCGCUUUAUGAUGAAAUGGGAAAAAGGCUCAAUCAGAUGGUUCCAGUUCCUCAUGUUCCUAAAAUCAAUGGAGAAAUCCCUUCUGCAGAUGAAGUUUCAUCAGAUCAUGAAAGACUUUUGAAUAGGUUGCAGUUAUACGACCUAGUCGAACUUAAAAUCCUAGGAGAUGGUAACUGUCAGUUCCGUUCGCUGUCAGAUCAAAUAUACCGGACACCAGAGCAUCACAACUUUGUGAGAGACCAAAUAGUUAAUCAGCUGAAGUCGCAGCCCGAUUUGUAUGCCAAUUAUGUCCCCAUGGCUUAUGACGACUACUUGAAGAAAAUGAGCAACAACGGGGAAUGGGGAGAUCAUGUCACGUUGCAGGCUGCUGCAGAUUGCUAUGGCGUCAGGAUCAUUGUGGUUACUUCGUACAAGGAUACGUGCUACAUUGAGAUUCUUCCACAGUUUGAGAAAUCAAACAGGAUUAUCUUGCUGAGCUUUUGGGCUGAAGUACACUACAAUUCGAUUUAUCCUAGUGGAGAAUCGCCUGUAGACGGUGGUAAGAAGAAGAAGAAGUCGUGGUGGAAGUGAACUUGGAAUGUCGUUGGAUCGGAUGGUUCGAGGGAUCAUAGCUGGUCCAUUGUUGUACAUGCAUGGAUAAGAGAUGGUAUCUCUCCAAUGUAUAUAUGUAUAACAAUUUUGAUGGCACUAGAAAUGCAAUUGGAAUAGGUGACACUUAAUUUUAGUUUCAUUUGUAUGACUCUCAGUGUUUAUUAUAAUAAAAACUUUAAUUUUAAUUA